GCCUGAAACUUGAAGCCACGCAUUUUCUCUCCCUCCCUCCACUUUUCGACUUCACGCAAACUAUACACAGUUUCACACACACACACACACUAACUGCAUUACCAAUAAUUUCGAAUUCCAAAUCACAAUUACACCGAAACAUUAACAUUAACAAACAAGAACCAAAGCAAAGUUCAAAGACAAGACAAGAAUAUGGUUUGGUAUGUUAGCGCGUUGGUGUAUGGCGUUGGAGGGUUGGUGGUGACGGGAAUAGCAUUAUUGGUGGCUUUUCAAGAGAAGCUUGUGUACGUGCCUGUGUUGCCAGGUCUCACCAAGUCCUACGCUUUCACACCAGCACGCCUUAGGCUCAAUUACGAGGAUGUUUGGCUCACUUCCUCUGAUGGUGUUCGCCUUCACGCUUGGUUCAUCAAGCUCUUCCCCCAUUGCCAAGGUCCUACCAUUUUGUUUUUUCAAGAAAAUGCUGGAAAUAUUGCUCAUCGGCUGGAGAUGAUGCGCAUAAUGUUGCAGCAGUUACAAUGCAAUGUUUUCAUGCUUUCUUACCGAGGUUAUGGAGCAAGUGAUGGCUUUCCUUCUCAGCACGGAAUUACUAAGGAUGCUCAGGCUGCAUUGGAUCAUCUUUGUCAAAGGUCCGACAUUGACACAUCAAGAAUAGUCGUAUUUGGACGGUCACUUGGGGGAGCAGUUGGAGCUGUACUAACAAAAAAUAACCCUGACAAGGAUUCGGGUACGGGGAAGACGAUUGGAGCGGGCAUUGAGUCACGAGGUCUCUACUAUCUGAUUGCACCACCUUCUCCAGUAGCUUGUUCUCUCACAGAGUCUCCUGAGCUAAUUCACAGCCGUCUGGGUCAUCCAAGCCUCUCCAAGCUUCGGCAUAUGGUUCCCUUUUUAUCCAGUCUUAAGUCUUUAAACUGUCAUUCUUGUCAGCAAGGAAAGCACACUCGCUCUUCCUUUGCUAAUAGAGUCAAUAAAAGAGCUGAUGCUCCUUUUUCUAUUGUUCAUUCUGAUAUUUGGGGUCCGAGUCAAUGUCUGUUUUGGGUUUUCAGUAUUUUGUCACCUUUAUUGAUGAUUUAUCUCGUUGCACUUGGGUUUAUUUAAUGAAAAAUCGUUCUGAAUUAUUUUCAAUUUAUCAAAAAUUGUGCCAAGAUAAAUACUCAAUUUGAUGUUUCUAUUCAAAUUUUGCGCAGUGAUAAUGCAAAAGAAUAUAUGUCUCUUGAGUUUUCUAAUUUUUUGGAGAAAUGUGGGACUAUAUAUCUCAACAGUACCGUACCAAUAUAUCCCGGCGGGUAGCAACCUUGUCCCCAAGGUUGAAUGAGGGAAACUGAUGUAGAAUCAUGUGUACAUCUUCCCACGAGGCUUCUUCUGCUGGACGAUCCUUCCACUGAAUUAAGAUUUGCUCAACUUCCUGCCCAUGUUGUACAGUUAUUCUGGAUGCC